AUUCCCUUCAGCAGAAAGCUGGGGUCUCUUUUUCAGGAUAUGGCUUCCAGGCUUCCGUAAACGCAGCAUGGGGAGGGUCUUCAAAAUUCGAGAAACAAAUGUUCAUGUCACUCAUCGAGACGGAUGUCAUCAGGUAUGAAAUCUUCCUGGACGAAAUAACCCCUGAUUCUCUGAGCCUGUCAUUCCUGAGGGAUUCCUGUCCCUUCCAAAGAACUUUAUCUUGGGAAAAGCUAAACUACAGGAUUUCAUCAUUCGCUACGGAACCCAUUUUAUCAAGUCAGCAAAGUUUGGCGGCUCAUUCAGGCUGUUCAAGACUCAAGAAGCCGCCAAGAGUGAAAGUUUGACGUCUUUCUCUGUCUCAGCCCAGGCGUCUUAUAGCGGUAUGUUUAGUGCGGGAGGUCACUACGGGAGGAAUGAAGAAAGUGGGAGCGCCUCGUCAUCCAAGUCUGCCAGCACCCAUAUAGUGGUAGAAGGAGGUGACCAAAAAGUCGCGUCCAUCGUCGCCGAUUUCUACACCACCAGCUUCAAGGACACCUUCACCGAAUGGCUGAAGUCUAUUCCGUCAUACCCGAAGCCUAUCCAAAUGUUCAUGGGCACCAUGUCAGAGCUGCUGAACUUGAACUUCAAACUUCUGUUCCCCUUCGACAUGAGUGAUGCUGCAGAUGGUUGCUUCAGUAAGAACUUGCUGACAGAAGAGGGAACAGCACGGAAGUACUAUAACGUACCAGUUCUUGUGGAAGACAAUAAUGGAAAUGAGACAACUAAGAAUGAGAAACGGUACUGUGAUGAUGCAACUAUUGAAGAGUUUCAACUCAGUAUGGACAAGAAGCGACUUGCACUGGAAAGGGCUAUUGCUGUUUACAUGGAAGAGGGUCCAAUCCCCACGACAGACUUCCAUCUAAAGGGAGGGAAUCCCGGAUGUCAGACUGAAGCCCUAACCGUGAAGGGAGGAGAUACUGGAGUUGCACACCCAUCAUGGCUGGAUCUGAUCAACGGAGACACAUAUAAGAUCUUCUUCGACCUUCAGAAAGAUAUCAACAGCGAUAUCAAGAAGAAUACCGAGGCCUAUGUGGUUUAUUCAGAGAACAGGUGGAACUGCCACGCCCCUGGGGAGUCUCUUCACGUAUACAACAGUCAUACCAACGGCGGGAGUAGUGACACUAAUAAGAUGAAGGUAUCCUGCUUUGGUUUCGUGAUGACGUACCAUGAAAGAACUGGCAAGUUUUACGUCACGGUAGACGAUUUGAAAGCUUCCAUGAAGUACUUGGACAAGUUCCCUCGCAACAUAGUUAACGCAAUUGUGGCCAGAGCUGAGUACAUCAGUCCGUUAGAGCACUCCCAGAGCAACAGUGGGGCUUUAGCGAGUAUCCUUGAAGCGCCCUGCAACGUGAAGUGGUCCAACUCCUACCAGAUCAAACCUGCAGAGGAGGGCGGAAGGUGUCUCUACUUUGUUGCGGCAUCGGAAGGGGACAUUUUUGUUGUCUUUUCCGCCAUCCCGAGGGACAAGACCACCUGGUACCAUCUCCAGAUCAGUUUCCAAGGUGUCGCACUCUACAAGGGAAUGAAACUCGUGAAAUACGAGGGAGCAAAAAGCGCUAGAAGUCUCGGAGAUAGAAAACUGUUUCAGCCAUACUUUAUUUGUAUUGAAGAAGACGGGGAAGGACGAAAAACCUACAUCACAUAUGGCAUUGGCUCAGAUUCUUCAGAAACGGGCUUGAUCUACAUGGUCUACAGUGAUAGUGGUGAUCCAUUAGGUAUUCAGUUCUACUCCUUCGGAAGCGGGGAAAAAGACAUAGAGAUCAUGGACGCCAGGGUCAUUGAGGGGGGCAACGCAGGACAAAUGGAAUGUACGGGUGGAACUAUCAUGGUGGAUGGCAGGUGUGUGGAAGACUGCCACCCAGAGUGUAACGGAUGUAUUCCAAAGUCGCCUGGAUCAAAGCUGGACACAAAGCGGCUCCAAAUGGUGUGACUUGCAUAUGCAGCGGCCUUACCAUCAUUAGGAAUGAUGAAACUAAAGAAUGCGUCACAGCGUGUCCAGACACCCAUGAAGUCGCAGACGAUGGCGUGACCUGCCAACCAAAAACAAUGAUAUACAAGUGGAGGGACGACCUUAAAUGUGGUCCAAGUUACACAACGCCGACAGCCAACCCUGGGCAGUGCAACCCAAGAAGUGACCACCCCUGCUGUUCCCCAGGGGGGUGGUGUGGGGGUACCGCCGAUCACUGUACCUGCUCCGGCUGUAUUGACUAUCGGCCAAAGUGGAGAGAAGACUGGAAAUGUGGCAGCAGUUUCCCGGCACUAGGAGCCAAUCCCGGACAGUGUAAUCCGAAAUCAGAUACCCCCUGUUGUUCCUCAAACGGAUGGUGUGGAAAUACACCGGACCACUGCACCUGCUCAGGCUGUAUUGACUAUCGACCAAAAUGGCGGGAUGACCUCAAAUGCGGUACGAGGUACCCAGCACUUGGAGCAAACCCCGGACAGUGUAACCCGUCAGGAACCUAUCCGUGUUGUUCCCCCGUUGGCUGGUGUGGUAAUACAGAUGAUCACUGCAAGUGCUCCGGCUGUGUGGACUACAGACCAAAGUGGAGAUCUGACCUUAGAUGCGGAUCCAGCUUCCCGGCACCAGGAGCGAACCCCGGACAGUGCAACGCUAAGUCAAGCCACCCGUGCUGUUCCCCCGGCGGGUGGUGUGGGAGCAGCUCAGCUCACUGCACCUGUUCCGGCUGUGUUGACUUCCGUCCGAAAUGGAGACCUGACCUUAGAUGCGGAUCCAGCUUCCCAGCACCAGGAGCGAACCCCGGACAGUGCAACGCUAAGUCAGGACAUCCGUGCUGUUCCACCGGCGGGUGGUGCGGGGGCACCUCAGCUCACUGCCGCUGUUCAGGCUGUGUUGACUACCGUCCGAAAUGGAGACCUGACCUUAGAUGCGGAUCCAGCUUCCCAGCACCAGGAGCGAACCCCGGACAGUGCAACGGAAAUUCAGGACAGCCGUGCUGUUCCACCAGCGGGUGGUGUGGCAGCAGCUCGGCUCACUGUUACUGUAGCGGCUGUGUUGACUAUCGUAACUAAAAGUGAUGGGAUGACACUGACGACACCAGCAGUCACUGAGAAUCUAGCGAAUGAAAGACUGCAGAACACCAUACGUCGCCAGAAGAUACAAACGCUUGCCUAGAAUUUACGUUUUGGAACACCUUA